CUCUGCAGAUCCCCAAGUUUACGGAAAUACUUUGGCGAAGCCGUGCCACUGACGAACAUGGACAAAGCGCAAACGUUUUUUGGAGAAUUGCACGAAUCGUUUCUCCGGGGAGUGGGAGGCUGGCGCGGUCGAUGGCGUCGUAGAAUAGCAGACGGUUCAGCUAGCGUACGAUUAAGGUCUUUGUUGAGUGCGUUGUUGAACAGUUCAUCGCCACUGAGCAAGUACGAGCUAUUAGAAAAACUUGACGUCGCAUAUAAAGACAAAAUGGGUGUCUUCGACGAAGAAAGUCUCAAGCAGAUAGCAGUCUGGGCCCCAAUCGCCCUCACAGCAUACUUCAUCAUCACCGCAAUAUAUCGCCUAACGCUCCAUCCCCUCGCAAAAUUCCCCGGUCCAAUCUUAUGGCGCAUCUCUCCAAUCCCCUCCAUAAUCUCUCUCCUCCGCGGCCGCAUCUCAUUCGACUACAAAGUCCUGCACGACAAAUACGGCCCGGUAGUGCGCGUAAUGCCCAAUGAACUCUCCUUCAACACCGCAAAAGCAUGGGAAGACAUUUACGGCCACCGCGUAGGUCUACCCAACAUGGAUAAAGACCCCAUCCACGUGGGCGCCGUGGAAGCGAUCCCCGGAGCUACCAAUCUCACUAUGGCGCCGGAUAUGCAUCAUGCUAGACAGCGACGAGCGCUUGCGCACGCGUUUUCAAAACAGGCUUUGCUGGAGCAGGAGCCAAUUCUGAAGGGGUAUGUGGAUUUGUUUGUGAAGAGGUUGAGGGAGAUGGCGGCGAGGCGGGAGCCGGCGAACAUGGUUAGUUGGUUUAACUUCUGUACGUUUGACAUCAUUGGGGAUUUGAGCUUUGGGGAGCCGUUUGGGUGUUUGGAAGAAGGUGAGGGCUCUGAAUCCGCAAAUUGGGUCGUACUGGUCUAUGAAUCGAUCAAAGCGGGCGCUUUGGAACAGGCGACUCGCCGGUUCGCAACUCCUGGGUCACUUGCCCAGCGGUUCCUAGUAUGGUGCAUCCCAUCCAUCAUCCGCGAGCGACGCACGCGACACUUGCGCAACUCAACGGAGAAGACGGUCCGACGUAUGGCGGCUAAGACUGAACAUCGCGACUUCAUCUGGUACAUCCUCAAGCAGCGCGAGAAGAAGAACGAAGUCAGUGACGAUGAAGUCAUCAUGAACGCUGCUCUAUUCAUCGUCGCCGGCUCAGAAACAACAGCCACCGAGCUCUGCGGCCUAACCAACUUCCUCCUCCGCAACCCGGAAAAAUACACCCGUCUCAAAUCCGAGCUCCGCUCCGCCUGCAAAACAGAAGCAGAUCUAAACAUGGACAUCCUAGGGUCCCUCCCUUACAUGAACGCCUGCAUCGAAGAAGGCCUCCGCAUCUUUCCGCCCGUUCCCAUCGGGCUCCUCCGUACAGUCCCAAAAGGCGGCUCCAUCAUCGACGGCCACGCCGUCCCCGCCGGAACUUCCGUCUGCGUCACAUCGUGGGCGGCCGCGCACUCGGCGCAAAACUUCACGGACCCGGAUACUUUUGCGCCUGAGCGAUUCUUGGAAUCUCCUACCCGCGAAGAUGGGGCAGCGAAGGCACGGUAUGCAGGUGAUGUUAGGAAAGCCGCGCAGCCUUUUUCGAUGGGUCCUCGUGGUUGUAUUGGGAGGAAUCUGACAUAUGUGGAGUUGAGGUUGAUUUUGGGUGCUUUGCUGUGGAAUUUCGAUUUGGAGUUUGAGGAUGGGGCGAGGCUUUGGGAUCCCAAGGAUGAGUUUAAGGGGUUGAGGGCUUAUAAUACCUGGGAGAAGAGUCCGUUAAUGGUAAGGUUGAAGGAUAUCAGGAGGCAGUGA